AUUCUGAGGGCCUGCUAUGUCCUGGAAGGAUGCUCAAAUGCUUCUUGUCUUAACCCCUCUUGUUUUACAACAGAAGCAGGAUUAGGGGGCCCAGGCCCAGGCCCCUGAAGAUCUGAGGAAUCCACCUCCUUGGUCAGGGCUCACAACCACCAUUGUUGCCCCCCCCCACCCCGCCCGCCACAACCCCACACACAGGCCUGUGUGUGCACCCCAGCCCAGCUAUGGCCCUGCUCAGCAUCAAUGAACUACCUGAGAACAUCCUGCUGGAGGUAUUCAUAUACGUGCCUGCCCGUCAGCUGGUAUUGGACUGCCGCCCUGUCUGCAGCCUCUGGCGCGACCUCAUCGACCUUAUGACCCUCUGGAAACGCAAGAGCCUGCGUGAGGGUUUUAUCACCGAGGACUACAAGGAGCUUGUGUUUGACUGGAAGAGUUUUUACUUUUUGUGCAUCUUCCCCAGGAACCUCCUACGCAACCCAUGUGCUGAAGAGGGUAUGAGAUCCUGGCAAAUCGACUACAAUGGGGGGGACCACUGGAAGGUGGAGUGCUUACCUGGAGGCCAUGGGAAAGAUUUUCCUGACUCCAAGGUCAAGAAGUACUUCGUCACAUCCUUUGGCUUAUGCCUCAAGUCCCAGAUGGUGGACCUCAAAGCUGAGGGCUACUGGGAGGAACUAAUGGACACAAUCCGGCCUGACAUCGUGGUGAAGGACUGGUUCGCCGCCAGAGCAGACUGUGGCUGCACCUACAGCAUCCGAGUACAGCUGGUCUCAGCCAACUACAUCGCCUUGGCCUCCUUCGAGCCCCCACCUGUGACCAUCGAGCAGUGGAGCGAUGCCCAGUGGAGAGAGGUCUCUCACACCUUCUCAGAUUACCCUCCAGGCGUCCGCUACAUCCUCUUCCAGCAUGGGGGCAAAGACACCCAGUUCUGGGCAGGCUGGUAUGGGCCCCGUGUUACCAACAGCAGCAUCAUCAUCGGCCCUAAGACGACCAGGAACCCAGCAGCCUCCACAACUCAGCCCGAGAUCAUGCAGAUGCAGGAGCAGGAGCAGGGGCAGGGGCAGAAUCAGGAACGAGAGCAGGAACAGCCAUGGCCAUGGCAGGUGGACUUUAAUAACCUGCCCUCCCCACUUCAUUUCUACAGACCCCACUAAAGUCUGGAUCUGAUAGCCUUUCAUCUGCCCUCUGUCCCCGCCAGCUAAGUGCCAAAGGUCUCCUCCAGGCAAGAGAUGAGCCUGUGGUGGGCAGGGAGGCCCCUGCCCUGGGACCUCCUGCCACAGUUCUAACCCUGGGCAAACCCGCUGUUGUGUGGCUCUCACUUCUUGUCAUAAUAAAUGUUCCAGUAAAACCAGCCUGGGGUUGGGUCUAGGGGUGGGAGGUAAGGGGUCCGGGUGCUGCACCUGCCCCUCCCACUACAAUUAGAGCCGAGGUCAGCCCUUGGGGCCCUUUAUUGAAACAACUCACAGCACAGUAUUUGAGACAGACAGUGUUGACCGGCUGAACCCCAGGAGGCUGAGAAAUUGAGAUCCCAGCACCUUCCUGCCCUCCUGGGGGGCCAUUCCUCCGUGAAGGCAACCAGACCUGAGCAGCUCCAGGCUGGAGGAUGGGCAGUCCACACAGAGGCAAUAAGAGCACUUGGAAGCGGGGUGGCCCUGCAGCGCUGCCCGAGGCUGGGGGCCCCCAAAGUCCGAUAGUUGUGGCAUCCACGGGGGCAGACACACCCUCAGCUGUUUUUAUGAGCUCGUUCUUCCACAUAGAGCUGCAUCUAAUGGACAGGAACACACAGCCGUGUCAGGUGGCAGUCAGGGCCCCUAUAUGGAGGGUCUGCAAGCCCCUGGCAGGCAGAUCUCUCUCUCCAAGUGUCAGGUUGCAUGGCCACAGCCGAGAUGGAGAAGGGAAAGGGGAUGGGAGGAGCCUUAUGCCAGGUGUUGCCUGGUAACCUCCAAGCUUUGUCCACAAGGCCUUAAGCACACCCUAAAUAAAGCACACCUGGUCCCCAUGCAGCUCACCUUUAAA